AACUUUGAUUGUAUAAAAGAUAAGUAUCCAAAAUGUAUAUUUAAUAUGGAAACAUUGGAAGAGAUGGAUCACAUGGACAUUGCAUCUUUAUUUUUACUACAUGUAUGCCAAUAUGAACCAUCUUUUUAUGAAACUAUGUGUAAUAAAUUGAAAUAUGAAACUCAAAUUCAAAUUAAAAUGUUCUUAGAAAUGAUUAUUCCUUGUGGAAAAGCAAUAAAUAGAGAGUCAUUGAGAACAGUAAUAGCAGAAUUAGAAGAGAAUACACCAAAGACACCAGUGACACCAAGAACGCAUUCUCUGAAAGAUUUUUUUAAUUCUCCCGCUACACAAUCUGCUCAACGUUAUGCCUUAUUAAAUGAACGAAAUCGUGAAUUGAGAAAAUUGAUGAACGAAUUAGAAGUGGAGCGAUUUGAGAAAACAGAUUUACAAGAAGAUUUACGAAUUCAACAGAAUAAAGUACAAAAGUUAGAAAAAAAAUUGCAAGAAAAAACUGCGGAGUUGAAAGUUUUACGAGAUGAAAGAAUACCAAGAACACCACAAUCUUGUAAGAAAAAGAAAGGUGUAACAGAUUGUGAACAGUAUUACAAGAAAGAGAUGGAUUAUUUAGAAAAUGAACUAAAACAGAAACAAUAUGAGAUGGAUAACUUAGAAACAGAGAAUUCAACUCUGACCAAAAAAUUAAUAGAGUCAGAAAGACAAUGUAAAAAUUUCAAGAAAAAAUUAGAAACUUAUGAAAAGUCUUUGGAAAAUAUGCAAAUUCAAGAAGAAAUUAAAGAUAGAGAGCUGUUGAAUCUUAAAAUGACUAAUGAAGAAUUACGUGCUCACUUAAAAGAACUUAAUAGAGCAGGUAACGAGGAACAAAGUUUUGAAGUUGAUGACAUAGUACCUUUAAAUUUAUCUGCACCAUCUUUAAAUACUGGUGAAGCUCUUAGUUCGGUCAUUGAAAUACAGUUACAAGAAGCAAAAGAAGUAUCUACUUCAUUAAAAACUCAAAUUGACAUUUUGAAUAAAAAACUAGAAUCUACAACUGAAGAUUAUAAACAUGUAACACACCUAUUACAGGAAAAAACAAUAAGUUUACAAAAUACAGAAGCUAAAUUAAAUACGACCUUGGAUAAAUUUAGUAAAGAGAUUGAAUCUUUACAAACAGAGAAGAUAUCGUUAAUAAAUCAAAAUGAGAGUUUGGAAACUAUAUGCACCUCUCAAAAAAAUUCAUUGAUGCAAACUGAAGAAGCAAAAAAUAUUUUAAGUAUCGAGGUAAAUACCUUGAAAGAACGAAUUAAAGUUAUGGAAGAAGUUGUACAUAAUGAGAGUUUAAAUAACAUGAAAUUAAAUGAUAAACUUGAAGAGACAAAAACUCAAUUGUCUGAGAAUGUUAAAUGUGUCCAAGAUUUGAAGCAAAAAAAUAAUUUAUAUAAAACUUCUAUUGAAAACUGCAAUAUAAAUUUAAAAAACAUGAUACUUAAUAACACAGAAAUUAAAGAUGAUCUAAGUGAUUUAGAUGUUUCUGCAACUGCUCAGCUUGUAGAAAAGCUUCGAAUAAUAUUAAAUGAUUUUAGUAAGAAAUUUGUUACUCAACAUAUGGAAUUAAAAUUUCUGAAUAAUACCAUAGAAGAGAUGAAACUAAAGACACAACAAUACCAAUCACAAAUAUUCAAUUUAGAAAACAAGGAUAAACAAAAUAUUGAGACAGUAUUAAAGCUAACAGCAACUAUUGCAGAAAAUACAACAAACAUUAACAAACUUAAUACUACUAUACAGCAAUAUUCAGAAGAAAUUUCAUAUUUAAAAGGUGUUCAACUCCAGAAAGAAAUUGUUGAAAAAGAUUUGAGUGUAUUUAAAAAUAAACUGGAUGAGAAAAAUAAAUUAUUACAAUCUUCUGAAGAAUCCAUAAAAAUUCUGAAAGAAAAUUUUAAUGCAUUUGUAACAGAAUUUUACUCAACAAAGAGGAAUGUAUUAAAUCAUAUAUAUGAAUUUGAGAAACAAAACAGUGAAACAAUGAGAAACGUAUUAAACACUUAUGAAGUGAUACACAAUAAUUAUACUCAAGAACAAAAUCACAGAAAAAAAAUUGCAGAUACACUUACAAAUAAUGAAAAAGAAUUGAAAGAUACUGAAAACUUAAAUACUACAUUAAAGAAUGAUUUAGUAAAGAAUAAGCAAAUAGUAAGUAAAUUAGAGAUAGAAUUAACGCAAAUUAAAGAAAAAUUAAAAGAUUCCAUGCAAGAGACGGAAAACUUUAAAAAAACGAAUGAAAUACUGGAAAAACAACAAACAGAUAUGAAGUCUCAAAAUGAAAAAAUUUUGCUUGAUUUACAUACCUUAAACGAUAAACUUAAAUUAUCUCAAGAGAACAUGUCUAAUGUAUCGAAUCAGUUAAAACUCAAAGAUGAAAGAAUUGUAAAUUUAAUUGAAGAAAUUUCUUCUCUCAAAUUAAAAGAAGAACAUAUAAUUAAUUUACAAAAGGAAAAAGAAUUAAAAUUAGAGACUUCCAUACAAGCAUUAGAAACAAAAUUAUUAGAGAAGCAACAUGAUUUAGAUCACUUAAAUGAAGAAGUAAAAUUAAAACAGGGCACACUAGAGCUUGUAGAAAGCAAAUUUGAGAAUUUAUCAAAGGAGGCAAUCGCUUCAGAAACAAAAAUGAAAGAAGUAAUUAUGAAUCUUCAAGAAGUUAGAACUACUCAGGAUGCAGUUUUAACAACUCAAGAGAAAGCUCUCAACGAAAAAAACUUACAAAUGAACCAACUUCAGAAAGAAUUUAAAAAAUCAAAAGAUACAUUAUGUAAGCAGCUGGAAGAUGAAAAAUUAUUAUAUCAAAGUCUGCAAAGUAAAAAUGCGGAAUUUCAAAUUCAGUUGAACAAGAAAAUAAAAACUAUAGAAGAGUUGCAAGAGGUAUUAAAAAGAGAAAAGAAUGAACAUGAUAAAAGUAAAGAACAUUGUAAAACUGCAGAUUUAACGGUGUUAGAAAUUACACAAAUUUGUAAAAAAUUAGAACACUCAAUAAAUGAUUUGAAAUUGACAGUAGCAAACGCAAAUCCAACAAAUGAAAAUUUUGAUGCCGAUAUUGUCUAUGAUACAUCUUGUAUAGAUAUCAAUAAUGAUAAAACUGAUAAUAACAUUUUAAAUACUAUAAAGACAUCUAUUAACGAAGUAUACAUAUCACGUAACUUAAUUUUGUAUCUAUUUAAUAGAAAUGCAAGCUUAAAUGAUGAUUUAGAGAAAAAGAAAGUCAUUACAGAUGACUAUGUAAAGAAGUGUAAAGAAAUUGAAACAUUAAAGAAUGAAGUAGAAGAAUUAAAAAAUACAAAAGAAACACAUACAAAGUGUUUAAAUAAUCUAAUUCAAUGUAAAGAAUUAUUAAGAGAUCCCUUACAGAAUAUUCUUAAAUUAAGAAAAGAUUUGGAUACAUCUCUGGAUGAACUGAAACAAAAAUGGGAUAAAUUAUUAUCAAAAUCUUAUAACAUUUUUGCUAUUGACAAAUCCGUAUGUGAUGAGUUGAAAUGCGUGCAAACUAAAAAAGCAGAUCUAGAGAAUACCUUAACUAAAUAUAACACUCACCAUUUGCAAAAUAUAAUGCCUAUACACACCAUUCUAUGGCAGAAGUUUUUAUGGACAGAACAAAUAUUGAAAAAUACUUAUUUGAAUGUAACUAAGAAUCAACAAAUCCCAAACAUUCCUUUAGAUACUUUUUCAAAUGAAAAAGCAAUAAUUGAAACUGAACUAGAGAAGUAUGUAGCGUUAGAAAAGGACGUUAUUCAAUUUAAAAAAGAAAUAGAUGAUUUCUCUAACUUGGUUUUUUCAUUCGAAACUAAUUUCAAUUCCGAGGAUACAAAAUUUCAAUCUAAAGAAGAGAAGAAGUUGCAAUCUAAAAUUGACAUACUGAUAGAAGAGAAGAAUGAUAUAGGGAGCAAAUUGGAGUGUACUCGACUACAGAAUGCAAAAUUAGAAGGUCAUAUUGACGAACUUAGAGAAAAUAUAAAUGAAUUAAAAGUUAUCACAUCGAAAGAAGUCGAAAUUUUAAAAAAAGAUAUCACUGAAUUAAAAAAAGAAAACUUAAAGCUAAAAGAAGAAAAGGAAGAAUUAAGUAAGAGACCAAAAAAAGAAGACGUCGACAAUCAAAUGAAAGAUAUUUAUGAAAAAUAUAAAAUUAAAUUAGAUGAAAGCAAACAAAAUAUGAAAACAGCAUAUCUUGAACAAAUAUCUAAGCUAAACAAAGAACAAGAACAAUGCAUACAGAAAAGAUUGGAGUCCCUACAAAGAAAAAUGGAAAUACAGUGUCGCAAACAAGCAGAUGAAUUAAGCAAAUAUAAAGCACAUGUUGCAGGUAUGAGUUCACAGAUCUGGAACGUGGGAGAAAAACUCUUAAGCGAACAACAAGAAAAAGAGAAAUUACAAAAAGAAUUAAAUGAACUAAAAGUUAAAUAUAAGUAUUUAGAUCAACAAGUGGUUUCUUCGAUUGAGUAUAAAACUUCUAAAUACGAAAAAACAAAUUUAUUGUCGGGAGAAAAGAAGGAAGAAAUUUUGCAUAAGGUUGCAGUGAUACAAGAAAAAGCAGCUUACGAAAGAAGAUGUAGUAUUAGAAGUAUACAAACAAUGGGUAAUGCAUUUAAUGCAGAGGACGAAGAAGGCGAAAUUUUUGAUAAUAAUUAUUUAGUUGAUAUGAAGGAUGACCAUUCUUCGUUCAAUACGAAUACUGAUCGAUUAUCUAUUUUGAAAAAAAGAAAUGCUCUUUGCAAACCACACUUAAAAUCAUCUUAUCCUGCUGAAAUGCAAUUUCAUCCUUUACCAUUUACAGAGGAAGAAAUAAAGUCAGGCUCAGUACCAGAAGAAACAUUUAAUGAUAGUUUAAGUCAGAGCUUGCUUCCUGAACAAAAAACAAAGAAAAAAGAUAGAACUCAGACAUCAUAUAAAAAACCUGGUCCUCCAACUCCUAGUAGAAAUGGUGGAAGAUUAUCGUUACAAGGUAAUGAAUUGAAAAGCCCAAAUUCAAGGAUACUGAAAGAAAGAAAUAAGGACAGAGCAACGACUACUCCACGUACAUUGAAGAGUUUAUUCAUUUCAAGACGCCAAGACGAAAAUGUAGCAGUCACGCCAAGAGAUCGUAGAAGGAGUAGCAUUUUCCGUAAAUAUCGUGGUACAACCGAUAGAUGAACAAUAUCACAUACGUAAUGUGAAAUAUUUUGUAACAUCGAUGUUUGUAAAUUUAAAAGGGAUGGAAUAUUUCUUUUUCAAUUUUUCUUGUCGAUUUAAGAUUUGUACAAAGAAACAUUGUAUUCUAAUUUUAAUACUAGGUAGUUCAACAACAAAACAGAAGAAGUAUUUAUCACUCAUACAUCAUAGUCAUUUAUUUAGACAAUAAUUAAAUAGUUUUAUAAUAACAGUAGUACUUGAAUGUUUUGACAAUAUAAAAACAUUGAUAUUAUGAAAUGAAUGGUAUGUCAUAUGUAAUACAAUGUUGACUGAAAAGUGUAUGCAAUUUUAAAUAACAAAAAUAUUUUAUAUAAAUGAUUUAGAAACACUUAUAGUAACUUGAAAACUUAAAAUCAGUAAAGUUUUCUUAUUUUGUGUUGCAUGUAUAACUGAUUGAAUAUGUUUUGUAUAUUAUGUUAUUUAAAACCUAUUCAAUCCGAUACGUGCAUUAAAAAUGUAUCACAAAUCACUUCCUCUUGGAACUCAGUCAACUUGGGUACAAUACAAUUUUUCUAUUCUCUUUCGUUAUUCGGAAUCUGAUUCCUAUAACAAAAACAUAUUAUAUUAUUUUAACGGAAAAUCAUGGCGAUAUGAACUUUCUACUAACUAGUAGAAACUGAUGUAUUUCGAAUUAUCUAUACUUUGACGUACAAUGUUAUGUAAAUUAUACUUUUCUAAUUUUAUUAUAUUCACAAGUUUACUGUAUGGAGCAAAUGAAUUUUGACAAUCUUAGGAAACAGGUCAAAUAUAUUACUCCUAAAAGGAAAAUUUGAAUUAUGUACUCCAGUAUACAUUAAUUUAAAUUAUAAUUUUAUGCUAGUAAUAUUUUAAACCAUAUUUGCGUAUAAGAAUACAUAUGAUGCUAUUAACAAACUAAUGUACCAUAAUUGUACUGUUAUAAACUUGUGAUUUGCUUGGAUGUUAUUUUCGAAUUAUUGAAUGAAUGAAUUGCUAAAUCUUACCAUAUAUUGACCUUCUACGUAGCGACCAGAAUUUCUAGAUGUUCUUCUUAAUUCUCUUGGCUCCGCGUGAUCUUGACUUCUUCGUCUAAAAGAAAUAGUAACUGUUAUUAUUAAAAACAAUCUUAAGACGAUAAAUUUAAUUAUUCCAGGCCGUUAGACCAUUAAAACAGAUUACUUACGACCUCGAUUGAAUCUGCAAUGUCUUUAGUUUAUUAUCUAUAUCUUGAGAAGGACUGGUGGACGCGUCUUCAAUAAUUGCCGAUGGGGACGUCUGCAUUUGUGUAGCGUCAUUAGUUUCGUAAAAUCCAGCUGCCCUAGAUCCACGAGUUAUUGAUACUUUAUUAACGGCUAAUCUGAAAUGAAGAUUCAAACUAAUGGUACUUAAAAGGAUGCACCAUAUUCAAAACUUAUUUCAUGGACACCAUAGCUUGUCAAUUGAAAUAUGUUUAAGAUUAAAGCUUAAUUUAUUUAAAUGAAUAAUAAUUUAUGCAUGUAGAAGAUUUAAAAUGAACUAAAAUUUUACUCACUGAUGUUUCCUUGGACCACGUUUCUUCUUGUGUUUACUGAAAGAAAAAGGUUCUAUUGGUGGAAUUGUGUUGGAGCUGAUUUUAUAAAUAAAGGGACAAAAAUUUCGUGUUAGUAAUUCUCGUUAAGAAUUACUUUGGUAACACCUCAAUUUCUCUCACGCAUAGUUCUAUGUAAUACGAACAUAUACAUGUAUUACAAAAUUACUCUUCACGUACAUACGUAUCAUUAUGCUUCGUAACUAUACCCGAAAGAACGAUUAUCGGCUCGAAGGAAAUGCAUAGUAUUCGUCCGAGUAUUAAUAAACAAAAUACUUUGAGACGUGUUUAUAAUAUUGCGGUGAUUAUAGAGAACGGCGUGUUGAAAAAUAUAAAAACUUCGAUGGCUAAACGGGUGAUACAAAACUAAAGAAUUAUUUUUGUCACAAAUAUUGCGAAUUUUAAUGAGGAAAAAAACCGUACGAACUGCAGCGUCGUUUAAUCGCCACGAAUUGCAAAUUUUGAUAAAGUAGGAUGCAGGAACUCGAAGGAGAAGAGGGUCGUAUUGUAAUUAAUAUCACAUGGUUAUUGUGUCUAUCACCAAUUUGUAUAUUAUCAAUAUAUAAACAAAUACACAAUGUUUUAGAUUUAUUUGCUUUCAAGUUCAUGGGUUCAACAAAACACACAUCGUUCUCUAUGUACUUUCCUUUUGCAGGCAUUCCAAAAAUAUUAUCGAUUCUUUAUCUCAACAAUAUUAACGUAUAGUUUUUAUAUUAUUUUCUUACACUAGUUUAUAGAAAUUGUGAGUUGCUUUAAAUAUAGGCGUCAAGAACAAUACGUCUUCUCAAUUCCUUAUACAACUUCUGUUGUUUACAUAAAUAUGUAUGUGUAUACGAAUUGAUACUUUGAUAAUGUUACAUGUGUAUAUAUAUAUGAUAUAUAUGUAUAUAAGUAUGUAUCUAUAUACAUAUAUAUACAUAUAUAUUACUAAUAUAUAGCUAAUUCCUUACACUAGUUUAGAAGUUGAUUUUAAAAUAGGCACUAAGAAUAACAGACCUCAUCAAUUCCUUAUACAAUUUUUGCCCCUUAUAUGAAUACAACGAUUAUAUAUUUUGCUAAAAGUAAUAAUUUUUAGCUUGAAUAACGAUCAGGUAGCCUGCAACAAGCGAUUCAUAAAAGAUUACUACCCAUGCGAAGACAACAGAUCUGUGGUGUAUAUAAAGACACUAAUGGUAAUAAGUAUUUAUUAAUAAAGCACAAGCAUGCAAUUAGAUGAUAAAAGAGUAAACGUUUCGUACUUAAAAAAUAUUUUAUUUUUUAAAAUGUUUCAAAUAAGAAAAUAAACAUUAACAAAAAAUAAAAAUAUUAAUAUGCUAUGCUAUAAUCUACA